GUUUAUUUUGUCUUAAUCCCAAAAACCUGGUCUAUAUCUCAAGAAUCUCUCUCCCAAAACCCCUUUCAAAAUCUCACUUACCUACCCAACCCAACUCGGAUACACACCGUUCUCUCUCUCGGAUUUGGGAAUUUUUGGGGUUUUAGGGUUAGGGCUUCUGUGAAAAGUUCAAGGGCAAAGAUGCAGCAGAACCCCCAGAUGAUACCGGUCAUGCCUUCUUUUCCACCCAACAACAUCACUACCGAGCAGAUUCAGAAGUAUCUUGAUGAGAAUAAAAAAUUGAUUCUGGCAAUAUUGGACAAUCAAAACCUUGGAAAGCUUGCUGAGUGUGCACAGUACCAAGCUCAGCUUCAAAAGAAUUUGAUGUAUCUAGCUGCAAUUGCUGAUGCUCAGCCACAGGCACCACCGACAAUGCCUCCCCAGAUGGCCCCACACCCUGCAAUGCAGCAGGGAGGGUACUACAUGCAGCAUCCCCAGGCGGCAGCAAUGGCUCAGCAACCUGGUCUUUUCCCUCCCAAGAUGCCCUUACAAUUUGGUAACCCACAUCAACUUCAGGAGCAAGCACAGCAGCUGCAGCAGCUACAGCAACAAGCCAUGCAAGGGCAGAUGGGCAUGAGACCUGGAGGGGCCAACAACGGCAUGCAUCCCAUGCAUCCUGAGGCCACUCUUGGUGGUGGCAGCAGUGGCGGCCCUCCACCAUCUGCCGGCCUCAGUGAUGCACGCGGAGGUGGCAAGCAAGACACUUCCGAAGCAGGGGCUUCUGGUGGUGAUGGUCAGGGGAGCUCAGCUGCUGGGCAUGGCGGCGAUGGCGAAUCACCCUACUUGAAGGGAUCAGAGGAUGGAAAGUGAGCUGAACCCAUGAGUGGGGUUCCCACAUAGAAACAUGUGGUUGUUGAUAGUAGGCAUCUCUUACAGUAGAACUGGUGUUUUCCUAAUCAUCUUUGUUUUGAGACAUUGAACAGAGAACACAAAGUCUCUUGUUUAUCCGUAGUUUAGCUGAACAAGGUAGGUGUGUUAUGUUGAAGAGCCCUGGCAUGUCAAUCAAAUCUGCCAUCAAAUGCAGCCUAGUUGUGAAACAAGAGCAUCUUAAUCUGUAAAAUCACCAAUUUCUGUAUCUUUAUAACAAA